UCCACCGACGGGAGCCGUCAGUUCGGCACGACACCUCUGUAAAGCACGACAGAGAAACUCGUCUCUCGGUAUUCUGUAACAUGCAGCACGCUACCGUGGCUGCAACUUCUCAUUUUCUCAAAGAUCGAGCAACCGAUCAGUGCGCAUCGUGAACUCUGUACAUCGUACUGCACGUCGUUAAAUUUUUCGUGAACUUUUCGGCGGGAAUAAUUUGAAAGAGUGUCGUAUGAAAAUAAAGAACACGAGUAUGAAAUAAUUAAGUGGUUAAAAUUGGUUUAAAUCCUGGACGAAAUUUUUAUUCUUCAUCUGUUUGUAUAAAUUCGCUCGACUGAGAAACAAUUCGAUGCAGCAAAAUAGCAUAAAGGUAGCAAAAAAUUAGUAAUAACCAUUCAUUAUCUAAUUUUGUUCAAAGAUAUGAAAACAGAACGAAAGAAAAUCUUGUAAAUUAUCGUAAUAAACGGUUGGAUGGUGCAAACGAACAAAAGCGUGUACGAGUGAAACGUAAUUACUGUGAUUACUGUGAUUUCGAUGACAUUCGAAGAAACAAAAACUGAAUCGAAAUAUCGUGGUGUGGUGCAAAACUAUUGGUGUACUCGAAAAAUGACAAAGAAUUGUUCGCGAAAUCAUUUCGAAAUUUGUUACGAAGAAAAUUAACGAAAAGAAGGUUACGUGGAAAAGAAGAUGAUACGUGGAGCGUGAACCGCAAGAAAAAUAUUGUCCAAGAUGGAUAAAGCUUUCCUGUUCUCUCUAUUGAUAUCUCUGACGUGUUUCUGGAGUUUCUGCGGCGGACACUUAAUCGACGGGAUUUUCACGGAGCCGACCUUGGAACGGGGUUACAACUUGGUGGCCACGGUUCCCCGAGGUGCUGUAGUUCUGAACGUGACACAGUUACGUCAUACGGAGAAUUAUUUGGCGGUCAAGUUGCAGGAUGGUAGCUAUUUGUUCAAUGGAAAUUACAGCAUCAGUUUGUCUGGUAAAUAUCAGGCAGCUGGAACUACUUUCGUUUAUUUUCGUCAAGGUUCUCAGAAUUUGGAAAGUUUCUCUGCCAUUGGACCAUUAGAAGAACCUAUUGAUGUUAUGGUUUUGUACCAAGAACCGAAUCCUGGGAUUGUAUAUCGAUACAUUAUCCCCGGAAGUGCACCAUCUCCAAACAUUCAUCUUGGACACAAACCAGUUUCUAACAAAGCUGGUGAACCCAUUUUAUCGGCGAUACCUCAUAGGAAAAUAGAUGUUGGUUCUACUAAUGAUGGAACGCAAGCAUAUCUUCCAAGACGAUACAAAAAAAGGAAAUUCUUUUGGAAAGCAAGCGGUUAUACCGAGUGUAGUAGAACUUGUGGUGGAGGUAUCCAAAUGCUGAGGUAUGUAUGUACAAGGGAACACACGCAGGCUCCAGUGCCUGACAAGAGAUGUCAUACGUUGGAAAAGCCACGAGAAACUCAAGUAAAAUGCAAUACUAUACCUUGUCCUCCCAAAUGGAGAGCCGGUCCGUGGGGUGUUUGUUCGGUUACGUGCGGUAACGGUAAUCGUCUGAGAGACGUAGAAUGCGUGCAAGAAAUAACGCCAUCACUAGUAAUGAGAAUAGCUGAUGGCGCCUGCACGGAGCCGAAUAUUCUUCCUACUACCGAGAUUUGCGAAAUGCCACAGUGUGAAUUCGACACGAAAGCAGCGACGACAACUUUACCGCCACCACAAUGGAGCGUGGGCACAUGGUCAUCAUGCUCCACAACUUGUGGUCCAGGUAAAAGAACAAGAACUGCGACCUGCGUCACUCACGGACCUUCAUGUGAUCUCGAAGUGAAGCCUAUUACUCAAGAUGCUUGUGAUUUGGGACCUUGUUCCAUUAAAUCACCGCAAACAAACGCCAUUUCAACUAGACUUCAAAGUCCACAAUGGCUGUACAGUGAAUGGUCUGAUGGGUGCUCAGCCGAAUGUGGAGUCGGCUUGCAGACGAGGAAGAUCUUCUGCGAAAAAAGUCCAGGGGAAGGAUUUUGCGACCAAUCGACAAGACCAGAAUCGUCAAGAACCUGUUCCAGCAACAGAACCUGUAGUGGACAAUGGUUUACGGGACCCUGGACCGCGUGUUCUACAGAAUGUGAUUCAGGCGAACAAGUUAGAGAAGUGGUGUGCAUAACGAUACUUCGUGGGUCGCUCCGCAUUGUUCUGGACAUGAACUGUCCCGCAAACAAACCGGAAACGAGAAGAUCCUGCAGCGGUCCACCUUGUACAUCCUCGUGGUUUAUAUCAGAUUGGACAGAAUGUUCUCGAUCGUGCGGAAAAGGCAUUCAAAAGAGAGAAGUAAGGUGUUUGAACAGAGAAGGUCAACCACCUGAGCAUCACGAGCUUCAUUGUAAAGAAAAGGAUCGUCCUAUAUCUCGACGAACCUGCAACGAUUAUCCUUGUAAGGACGACGUUCACAGAUCUGAAAAUCAACAUACAGUCCUGCAAGUUCAAAACGAUCCAGAAAUCUCAAAUGUUCUCGAGGAAAACCCACUUUGCAAGGACAGUACAACAAAUUGCAACUUAGUGGCGCAAGCACGACUCUGCACUUACCAGUUUUAUCACCAAUUGUGCUGUCAAUCGUGUUCCAAGAAGCAAGAAUUCGAAUGAGAUUUUUUCACCACUAACCAAAUGUAUUUUUAAUGCAAAUUUAACACUUCGAUGAAUGAUUACGCUCAGAAAUCGAAUCAUCGAAGGUAGCCUUAUGAUAUUAUAUGUGUUGCUAUAGAUUUACUGAUCCUUGCACUGCCUGAUGGAAUUUUUAAUGUCAAUUUUUAGAUAUAGAAAUAAUAGGUAUUCGUCCCUCUAAAGAAAACAUACAAAAAUUGUUCCUUUAGAGAAUUUAUAAUGUUCAUAAACAUAUUGACGUAUUAAGCUUUUGUAACGAAUAAUAAAUUAUAACAUUUUCACUAACGUUUUAUAAUGUUAAAAAGUGAAUUAUUUAUCGAAUCACAUAGCUUUAAUUUUUAUUUUAUAGAGACGAUGGUAUUAAUGAAUAUAUAUUAUUAUUUAUAAUUAUUCUAUCUCUGUGAAAAUCGUCUGAUAGUAUAGAGAUUAUUCGAGGUUUCUAUUUAAUAUUUUGAAAAUUUAAUCGAAUUUUGAACGGCGAUGAAAAUUAAAAUCGUCAACGAGAAAUUAUAGACUGACCGUGUAAAUUGCAAUAACUUAAUAUUGGCAUUUAAUUUGUAUUAUUUUUCAUAAUUCUCAUUUGCCACAAUAAAGUUUAUGCUUUCUACGUUUUC